AUGGCUUCGCUCCCGAAAGAACGUGUACUAGUGGCCCCACCAUUCUCUCGUAGUGGCUUGGAUUACUGCGGGCCAUUCCAUGUACGUGUGGGAACGCAUCGCGCUACCCCGACUACAAAAACCUAUGCUGCCAUAUUUAUUUGUAUGGCGUCACGAGCGGUUCACAUUGAGCUGGCAGAGGACUUGAGUACACAGGCAUUUAUAGAUGUUUACGAUCGUUUUAUUAGUCGACGGGGUAUCUGUACCACCUUAUACAGUGAUAAUGGAACACAAUUUGUAGGGGCCAAUCGUCAAAUGCAGGAAGACUUAAAGGCUUGGGUAACAGCACAUGCUCAACAACAUCUGGCAGCUGAAGGUACAUGUUGGAAGUUCAUAACACCUUCCGCACCUCAUCACGGUGGUCUAUGGGAGGCAGCAGUUCGUUCAGCUAAAAAGCAUCUGCUGAGGAUAAUGGGCAGCCAGACGUUGCGUUACACUGAAUUGUCUACUCUCCUGACUCGCAUCGAGGCGUGUCUAAAUUCGAGACCACUGAUAGCUCUCUACGAUGAUCCUGAAGGAGGGAUAGCUCUAACACCGGGUGACUUCCUGAUCGGACGACCACUCAAUUGUCGUCCAGCUCCUCCAUUGCCUGAAGCUCCAGAAAAUCGUCUUCGGUAUUGGCAACGCCUCCAGAAAAUGUUGGAGCAUUUUUGGCGCCGCUGGCAAUCCGAAUAUCUAAACACUCUUCAGACCCGGAACAAAUGGACUAGAUCGGAACCCAAUGUUCAGCGUGGAGAUGUAGUUCUUAUACGUGGUGAAAAUUUGCCACCAUCGGUUUGGCGUAUGGGACGAGUGAUUGACGUUCACCCGGGCAGUGAUGGGUUGGUGCGUACCGUGACGAUAGAGUACAAUACCAACCAGACAUCAUCAAAUGGACUUCCUAUUAAGCAGCGGUGUCAGCGACCGGUGCAGAAGUUAUGCCGCCUAACAGGUCCUACAGAAGAAUUACUGAACCGCCAGGGUUCAGCCGGGCAGGAUGUUCAAGAUUUAGGUUCUUUACAAUGCAGUCCUGCGCAUAAUUAG